AUGGCCGAACAUGCAGAGGGGGACCUGAACUCUAACCUGCUCCACACCCAUUACCACACCGGCGAUCCUCAGCUUGACACUGCCAUCGGACAGUGGCUGCGUUGGGAUAAGAAUCCCAAAACAAAAGAGCAAAUUGAAAAUCUGUUACGGAAUGGGAUGAACAAGGAGCUUCGAGAUCGUCUUUGUUGCCGAAUGACCUUUGGGACUGCAGGACUUCGUUCUGCCAUGGGAGCAGGGUUUUGUUAUAUUAAUGACCUUACAGUAAUACAGUCAACACAGGGGAUGUACAAAUACCUUGAACAAUGUUUCUCAGACUUCAAGCAGAGAGGCUUUGUCGUUGGGUAUGAUACCCGGGGUCAAGUAACUAGCAGCUGCAGCAGCCAGAGGCUUGCUAAACUCACAGCUGCGGUCUUGCUGGCUAAAGAUGUUCCUGUUUACCUUUUUUCAAGAUAUGUUCCUACCCCUUUUGUACCAUAUGCGGUUCAGGAGCUCAAAGCAGUUGCAGGUGUGAUGAUUACUGCAUCUCAUAACCGCAAGGAAGAUAAUGGAUAUAAGGUUUAUUGGGAAACUGGUGCUCAGAUCACAUCUCCUCAUGAUAAGGAAAUUCUGAAAUGUAUAGAAGAAUGUGUGGAACCCUGGAAUGGUUCCUGGAAUGAUAAUUUAGUGGAUACCAGUCCACUGAAGAAAGAUCCUCUUCAGGACAUUUGUAAAAGAUACAUGGAAGAUCUGAAAAAAAUCAGUUUUUACAGAGAAAUAAAUUCAAAGACCACCUUGAAAUUUGUUCAUACAUCUUUCCAUGGAGUUGGACAUGACUAUGUGCAGUUGGCUUUUCAAGUAUUUGGGUUUAAGCCCCCAAUUCCAGUACCAGAACAAAAAGAUCCUGAUCCAGACUUUUCUACUGUUAAAUGCCCAAAUCCUGAAGAAGGAGAAUCUGUGCUGGAACUUUCUCUAAGACUAGCAGAGAAAGAAAAUGCCCGGAUUGUCCUAGCCACAGAUCCUGAUGCAGACCGACUAGCAGUGGCAGAACUUCAGGAAAAUGGUCAUUGGAAAGUUUUCACAGGGAAUGAAAUGGCAGCUUUAUUUGGGUGGUGGAUGUUUGAUUGCUGGAAUAAAAAUAAAUCAAGAAAUGCUGAUGUGAAGAAUGUUUAUAUGUUAGCCACCACAGUCUCUUCCAAAAUUCUGAAGGCGAUUGCACUGAAAGAAGGAUUUCAUUUUGAAGAAACAUUACCAGGUUUUAAGUGGAUUGGAAGUAGGAUAAAAGACCUCCUUGAAAAUGGGAAAGAAGUUCUUUUUGCAUUUGAAGAGUCUAUUGGUUUUCUAUGUGGAACUUCUGUUUUGGACAAAGAUGGAGUGAGUGCUGCCGUGGUUGCUGCUGAAAUGGCAUCUUAUCUUGAAACCAAGAAUAUAACAUUGAGACAACAACUGAUUAAGGUUUAUGAACAAUAUGGGCAUCAUAUUUCCAAAACAUCGUAUUUCUUAUGUUACGACCCACCUACCAUCAAACGAAUAUUUGAAAGACUUCGCAAUUUUGAUUCUCCAAAAGAAUAUCCGAAAUUUUGUGGGGCAUUUGUUAUACUGCAUAUACGGGACAUUACCACUGGAUAUGAUAGCAGCCAACCUAAUAAGAAAUCAGUGCUGCCUGUGAGUAAAAACAGCCAAAUGAUUACAUUUACUUUUCAAAAUGGUUGUGUUGCUACCCUUCGGACAAGUGGGACAGAACCAAAGAUCAAGUAUUAUGCAGAGAUGUGUGCAUCACCUGACCAGAGUAACACUGCCUUGCUGGAAGAAGAACUAAAGAACCUCAUCGAAGCAUUGAUUGAGAAUUUUCUUGAGCCCAAUAAGAAUGGACUGAUCUGGCGUUCUGUUUAG